UCUUUGUUCUCGUCAAUUCAUUCCUACCACCAAAGAAAGAGAGAUAAGAAACCCCACUUCCGGUCGUAGCCGAGAGGGCGCAUGUCAACAGACGGCCUCACGAACAUGUUUAAAAAGACAGCCAACAACCAUCAAAAUUCAACACUUAAUUGACACAAAAUGAAGCGUCUCAGAGCUGUAUCGAGCGUCACUGACGCGAUCCUACUACCGCGAGCAGCCUCACGAAGCUCGCGCACCCUCUCAACAGCUCUACACCACCACAGAACCCCUCCAACAGCCUUGUCGGCCAAACCUCACUCUCUCCACCAUAACCUACGAAUAUUCGCACCGCCCUCCCUCACACAAAGUACACGCCACUCAUCCUCCAGUCCUAGCAAUGAUUCUCUACGCAAGACACCCCUCUACGACCUGCAUCUCGCGCACGGCGGAAAGAUGGUGCCGUUCGGCGGCUUCCACAUGCCCGUCCAAUAUACAUCUCUCAGCGUCAGCGCCUCGCACCACUUCACGCGCUCGCACGCCUCUCUCUUCGACGUAAGCCACAUGGUACAGCAUCGGUUCUCUGGUCCGGGCGUCAAUGCCUUCCUCGAGCGCAUCACACCUGCUGGGAUUGCGGGGUUGGAAACACAUAAGAGUACCUUGAGCACGCUGCUGUGGCCUGUUACUGGUGGCAUUGUCGACGAUACGAUCUUGACUAGAUUGGGUCCGGAAUUGUUCUACGUGGUCACGAAUGCUGGGUGUAGAGAGAAGGACCUGCCGUAUUUCAAGGAGCAAUUGGAGGCUUUCCAGAGUGAGGGGGGGGCGAAGGUCGAGUGGGAGGUUCUGGAGGGGUGGGGGUUGGUUGCUCUACAGGGACCGCUAAGUGCAAGUAUCCUGGGGAGAUUGAUGGUUGAGCCUACAGAGAAUGAGUUGAAGGAGAUGUAUUUUGGUUCAAGCAAGUUCAUCAAGAUCAAGCUGUUGAACGGGGAGAUCUCGAGUCCGUUGUUGGUGAGUAGAGGUGGCUAUACUGGCGAGGAUGGUUUUGAGAUCUCUAUUCCGGAAUCAGAGGCUGUUAUUGUUACAGAGACUCUACUGCAGAGUGCUGGCCCGGAACAACUUCAACUCGCUGGGUUGGGAGCUAGAGAUAGUUUGAGAUUGGAGGCUGGCAUGUGCCUUUACGGCCAUGAUCUGGACGACUCCACUACGCCUGUCGAGGCGGCACUUAGCUGGAUUAUUGGGAAGGACAGGAGAGAGUCUGGAGGAUUCCACGGCUCGGAUAUCAUCCUCGGUCAACUGAAACCCAAGAGCAAAGGUGGCGCUGGUGUCGAGAGGAGGAGAAUCGGCUUGAUUGUCGAGGGUGCCCCGGCCAGAGAGGGAGCUGAGAUUGUCAAUGAGAAAGGAGAGAAGAUCGGCAACAUCACGAGUGGAUGUCCAAGUCCGACCUUGGGAAAGAAUGUCGCCAUGGGGUAUAUCAAGGAUGGUCUCCACAAGUCUGGUACAGAUGUGGAGGUUGUUGUUCGAGGCAAGAAGCGAAAGGCGAAGGUUACGAAAAUGCCGUUCGUGCCGAGCAGGUACUGGAAGGGAGCUGCGCCGUCAUAG